CGUAGUUGCGUCACAUGUUGACUUCUGCGGCUAAAGUUGGAGUUACCGAUAGCUUAGCAACAUCUUCUGGUAAAAGUGAAACCGAGAAAGACAAAAACGCCGAGUCUGCAGCUUGUUCGCUCGUCGCUAGUGUAAACAUUUGGGAUGUCGUAAAGUAAAAGUAUUGUUCUGUGUGAAAGUUACGUGUUAGUUGCUGCAUUUGUUGCGGCAUGCUAAUGCAGCUAGCUGGUUAGCUAGCCAGGAAGAGUUGAGACAUUACUGUUGGUUUCAGCUAACACAGACAGCAAAGGAGCGAGCUGAGAGAGAGCUCCAGAUGCGGCUAAAGGAUCCAUUUUCUUUGAAAGCCGCCGACAUGACAAAGCGGACUAAUAAACCAAGGAAACCUCGAGAUGAAGAGUCAUCAGAUGAAGUCAGCGGGUUGACAUGCCAACAUGUUAACAAAGCAGUGGACCUCAGCUCGGUGAAGAAGUCGGUUCUGUCGAGCGUGUGGUUGGUCUGCUCCGAGUGUCUGAGGGAGAGGACGAUGAUCGACAGCGAGCCGGCAGCGUCCCACGACAUCCUGGUCUGCCUCAAGUGUGGUUUUCAGGGCUGUAACCAAUCAGAAAUCCAGCAUGCCGUCAAGCAUCACCAGACUUUUCAUCCAGAGUCGCACUGUAUCACGAUCAGCCUGAACACGUGGAAGGCCUGGUGCUUUGAAUGUAACGAAGAGCUCUCUACACACUGCAACAAGAAGGCUUUGGCUCAGACUCUCGACUUUUUGCAGAAACAUUCUGUCAAGGCGACAUCAGCAGCAUCACCCAAGAUCAUCAAGCUGCGAGAAGAACCGUCAGACUACGCUGAAGCACAAAGAGGAAAGAAUCCAGCCAUCAACAGCACCUUGGUCCCCGUUAAGGGGAUAAUUAACCUUGGGAACACCUGCUUCUUCAAUGCUGUUAUGCAGAACCUGUCGCAGACGCACAUGCUCAUCGACCUCAUUCAGGAAGUGAAGGAGAAAGGAUACAAGCUGAAGAUCUGUCCGCCUGUCGAGACAAAUCUGAGUCAACUGACUGUGGUUCUGUCCAGCCCUGACCCGCUGACUGCAGCCAUGAUUCACUUCCUGCAGAGCAUGAAGGAGUCAGGGAAAGGCCCCAUCAACCCCAAAGUCCUCUUCAACCAGCUCUGCCAGAAAGCUCCACGCUUCAAGGGCUACCAACAACAAGACAGCCAGGAACUUCUGCACUACUUACUGGACUCCAUAAGAGUAGAAGAAACUAAAAGAGUGAAAGCGGCCAUUUUAAAGGCGUUCAACAAUCCAACAGAGAAGACGGCAGAUGAGGAGACCAAACGCCAAGUCAAAGCAUAUGGAAAAGAAGGUGUGAAGAUGACCUUUGUUGACCGGAUCUUCGUAGGCGAGCUUACCAACACGAUAAUGUGUGAAGAGUGCGAGCAUAUCUCAACAGUAAAGGAAGCCUUCAUAGACAUCUCUCUACCAAUCAUAGAGGAGAGGAUAUCAAAACCGUCCAACCCGGGUCGCCUGGGGAAGGGCAGCCGGGAGCAGGACAGCCAUGCAGCCCACAGUGAGCAGGUUCUUUCAGCAGCGCAUUCAGUCAACAAGAACUCCAGGAAGCUCAGCGGACCGAAACAACUCAACAGACGACCGUCCAGCUCCGUGGAGGAGAAGGGAGCGGCCUGCUGUGCCGAACGGGCCGAAGAGGAGGCGAUCGCCGGCGGCUCAGCGCGCGGCGUCUCCGUGUGCAAGAUGGCGGCGGCGGGCAGCCUGUCGGACGGCAGCGAGAGAGAUUCUGGCGCCCAGGACAGCAGCAACGACGCCGACAGUGAGGCGUCCGAGAGCGAGUGGGCACCGCGCGGCGGCCCCUCCGGUCAUGGCCACGCCUCCACCCCGUCGUCCACCUCCACCCUCACCCCGUCCCCCAUCCCGGGCUCCUCCUCCUGCCCCGCGGCGGCGGCGGCUUCCGCUAAGCAGGGCGGCGCCGUGGAGCAGCUGGUCACCGCUGUUUCUAAAGUCAACCUGGGCUUCUCUUCUUCUCCGGGGGACACGCCCGCGUCGGGUCACUGUGCCCCUGAGGACCUGAGGGACGUCCAGAGCCGAGACCAGCUCCACCACUACCACCACCAGGGGGCGUUCCAGGCCCUGUCCCACAGUUACACUCCUACCUCCAAAGAAUGCUCCAUCCAGUCCUGCCUGCACCAGUUCACGUCGGUGGAGCUGCUGAUGGGCAACAACAAGCUGCUCUGUGAGAACUGCACCGAGCGCCGGCAGAAGCAGCUGCGCAAGAGCGCCGCCGCAGAUAAGAAGAUGGAGAAGAUUUACACCAGUGCCAGGAAACAGAUGCUAAUAUCCUUGCUGCCUCCUGUCAUCACACUGCAUCUGAAACGCUUCCACCAGGCAGGGAUGAACCUCAGGAAGGUGAAUCGUCAUGUCGACUUUCCUCUCAUCCUGGAUCUGGCUCCCUUCUGCUCUGCGUCCUGCAAGAACCUGGCUGCCGGCGAGCGCGUCCUCUACAGCCUGUACGGGAUCGUGGAACACAGCGGCUCAAUGCGGGGCGGCCACUACACCGCCUACGUCAAAGUGCGAGCCCCUCAGAGGAGAACGGAGCAGCGCCACAAGAACCUGUCAGGUGCAAAGGAGGCCGGCAGCAGCUCCCAGGGCCAGUGGGUGUACAUCAGCGACACCACCGUUCAGACUGUACCCGAGUCCAGAGUCCUCAGCUCCCAGGCAUACCUGCUCUUCUACGAGGAAAUGCUGUGAUCCUCUGCAUCGCUCUACUUCUUUUGAUCUAUUUUUGGUAUAUAUAUAUAUAUAUA